GUAGAAAGGAAUAACACAAUUCUUUUUAUAUCUACUCUUUAAAUUUCUUUAUUGUUUUGAAAUAUAAUGUGAAAUUUCAGUUAACAUCAGCGGCAUUUAAAAUAGAGAAUGCACAUCCAGUGGAGUCCUUCAUUUGGCAGAAAUAUGACAUUCAGACCGCACACAAGGUCAGUGAUGAUAACAUCCCAACAAAACACCACACAAAACGUGUCAGCUCGCUCACUAUGUCAGCGCACACAAGCUGGGCACACCAACCGCUGGCAGCUGCCAGGUGCUUUAGGCAGUGACCUGUUGGGGCAAGCACAGAUUCAGAGGGCAGAGGAGUUUGCCAAUAAAUCACCAGAAAGGAGAAUUAAAUCAGCUGACCCCAUGGCACUUCACUGGCACGAGGAUGCCACUAGCUGCCCGCAGUCCCCUUUGCCACGUCUUGUUCACCCGCUCUCGGCCAGCCGACGCACCAGACUCUGCAAAGAUGUCACAUGGUCUUCAAAGCUUCAGAAUCCAGAGGAACGAUUUUAUGUCUUGUCUCGCAAAGUGACCCGUAAUUCUAAUCCAGAUGCAGUACUGGAAUGUCUGGGGGUCAGAUGGGAGCUGCACUUCGCUUUCUUGAGUAGUUCAGACACAUUAUUUGAGUUGUAUACCAGCAGCAAGAGACAGAGGGAUGUUCAGCUACAGGAGAGAGCAGUUAAAGCCAGCAGAGCCAGUAGUUCUGCACAUGGAAAAGGACUGGUAUACAGAAAUUGGCAUCUCAGUGGCCCGUUGACUCUUCGGCUGCCUGUCAAAGAUGCCUCCAUCAAUAAAGAAGCUUUGUCUUUUGCUCUGCGGAUACUGUAUGACCCUGAGGAAUGCCCCGAUGAGUGGGGAGAGGCUGUACUCUCCACUGCUGCGUUACUGGGAAUGUCAAACCUCUUCCAGAAGUGUCUUAAAAAGAUGAUGGCAGAUAUCUCAUCUUCAAAUGUGUGCAGCUUUCAUCAAGCAGCCUGCAAGUUCAAAGAGACUUUUCUCCAGAGAGCAUGUGAAAGCUGGCUGGAGCUGUUCUUAGUGACCGAACUCUCUUCUCAUAUAAAACUCAAAGACUUGCCGUUUGACCUGCUGUUGAAAACCCUCCGUAGUCCAAGACUGUUUGCACCUAAUGAGUAUGAGGUCUUGCGAGUGGUGUUGUACUGGCUGUACCUGCAGUUAAACCCCCUCAGACAGACCCUACCUGCCCAUAGUGCCGUCAUCACCUUCUUUUCCAGGGAAACGGCUGUUUUCUUGGAACUGCCUCAGGGCCAGAAAUACAUCACUGCCUUUCAAGCUCUUCGUAUGCAUGGCAUUACUGAAUGGCAGCAUCUGCAGGAGCUGAAGAACAUCAGAGUGCUUCCUGAAUCCUGGCUGCUGAACAUCCUGUCCAAUCAUUACCACACUCUUUAUAGUGGGGGUGACAUGGUUGUGACUGACUUCUCCAAACAAGCCAUUCGGUUUGGAAUGAUGUUGAAUCAGGAACAAGAAUGCUGCACUCAAACCAUCAACCUGUAUGGCUUUUACUUUAUUCUCCAAGCUUCCAAAAUGGGUGAAUCUGAUACAUACAUUUUCUCCAUUGAGAGGUUAAGACACUGGGAUCCUGCUGUACCCCAGUCUUCCGCUGUGAGCCAUCCGUACUGCAUGAGAGCUGAUCGAUCAGUGCGCUUUCACAUCACAGUGCAAAGCUAUGCCAAUGGAGAGUGGCAAGAGCACAGCAGUGGACCUGUCAAUCAACACUUUGGCUUAUGCAAGCGACUCUGCAGGAGCAAGCCAUUCCAGAUUGAAGGACUUUCUCCACCCAUUCUGGUGACCUUUGCUUUGGCUUUUCCAUUUUGUUGAUGCAUUUCCCUGUGCCUGUUGGAAGAUAUAUAAAAGUAAUAUCAAACUGCUUCAUUGUAAAUAUAUUAAUGUGUUACUAUAAAAUGCUUUUAUGUUUAUGCAUGGUGGAUGUCUGUGUAGCAGCAGCUACUUUACA